CUAAAAGAGAAACCGAAACUUAUCAUGUUCACAUCAGACGCCAUUUCGUGCAUUUCGAAAUCAACAAUUUCUUAACAUGUUACGGCCUGAAAUCCAAAUCUCACAUCUAUGAAGAAGAGAAGCAGAAAACAGCCUGUAAAAUGAGAGUGUAUGAGGAGAAAGAGCAGGAUGCUCCUGUUGACACUCAGAGAGCAGCAUCUCCAGGAUUCAGCAGUGUGUCUAUGAAGAGUAACAACUCCAUGAUUAUUCCCCCUGGACUCAGUGAUGUUCACAUUCAGAGAGCAGCAUCUUCGGGAUCCAGCUGUGUGUCUAUGAAGAGUAACAACUCCAUGAUUAUUCCCCCUGGACUCAGUGAUGUUGACACUCAGAAAGCAGCAUUUCCGGGAUCCAGCUAUGUGUCUAUGAACAGUAACAACUCCAUGAUUAUUCCCCCUGGACUCAGUGAUGUUCACACUCAGAGAGCAGCAUUUCCGGGAUCCAGCUAUGUGUCUAUGAACAGUAACAACUCCAUGAUUAUUCCCCCUGGACUCAGUGAUGUUCACACUCAGAGAGCAGCAUUUCCGGGUUUUAGCUAUGUGUCUAUGAACAGUAACAACUCCAUGAUCAUUCCCCCUGGACUCAGUGAUGGACGUGCUGUGAUCUCUGGCCCCAUUAGUGGGAGAAGUGACCAGAUCAGAUACGUGUCCCAUCAGACCUUCACAUACUCCUACAGACAGAACCACAGCAGUCACCAUGACACAGAAGCAGAUCUGCAGCUCAAUUCUCACCAACCAGUGCAUUAUGAUCUGCAGAGAGUCAAAGACCAGCACAAAACCAGCAUGAAGAACAAGUAUGAGAGCUUAUUUGAGGGAAUCAAACUACAAGAGAAUCAAACCCUCCUGAACAGGAUUUACACACAGCUGUACAUCAUAGAGGGAGAAAGUGAAGGAGUGAAUGAAGAACAUGAGGUGCUGCAGAUGGAGAAAAGUUACAAGACACUCAAAGACACUCCAAUCAACUGCAAUGACAUCUUUAAUCCUUUACCUGAACCAGGAUAUGAGGAGAUGAGAAGAGAGAAGAAAGACAAAAUAAAGACUGUUCUUACUAAAGGCAUCGCUGGAAUUGGAAAAACCGUCUCUGUGCAGAAGUUCAUUCUGGACUGGGCCGAGGGAAAAGUCAAUCAGGAUGUAGAUUUCAUGUUUGUGCUUACAUUUCGAGAGCUGAACUUGAUUAAAGAUCAUCAGUACAGUCUGCACAGACUUCUGCUUGCCUUUCAUCCUGAACUUCAAUAUCUUGACUCAUGGAUUUAUGAUAAAUGUAAAGUUGUGUUCAUCUUUGAUGGUCUGGAUGAAAGCAGAAUUUCACUGAUGUUUUCAGACAGUCAGACAGUUUCUGAUGUGACUGAGAUUUCAUCAGUGAGUGUGUUGAUGUCAAACCUCAUGAGAGGAGAUCUGCUUCCCUCUGCUCUCAUCUGGAUCACCACCAGACCAGCAGCAGCCAAUCAGAUCCCCUCUAAAUACAUCAACCGUGUGACAGAAAUUCAGGGAUUCAAUGACCCUCAGAAGGAGGAAUAUUUCAGGAAGAGAAUCAGUAAUAAGCAACAAGCCAGCAGAAUCAUCUCACACAUCAGAAGAGCAAGAAGCCUCCACAUCAUGUGUCACAUACCCGUCUUCUGCUGGAUCUCAGCCACUGUGCUUCAAGACCUCCUGAAACAAGAUCAGAAAUCAGCAGAAAUCCCUCAGACUUUGACUGAAAUGUACAUCUACUUCCUCCUCAUUCAAACAAAUGUGAAGAACCAGAAGUAUGAAGAGAGAAAUUCAGAGGAACUCCUGCAGUCCAACAGAGAAGUGAUUGUGAAACUUGCUGAACUGGCUUUCAAUCAGCUGAUGAAGGGCAAUGUGAUGUUCUAUGAGGAGGACCUGAGAGAGAGCGGCAUAGACGUCACUGACGCCUCGGUGUAUUCUGGGAUUUGCACUGAGAUCUUUAGGGAAGAAUCUGUGAUUUAUCACAGAAAAGUUUACAGCUUUGUACAUCUGAGUUUUCAGGAGUUUUUUGCAGCACUGUAUGUGUUUUACUGCUAUUUACACAAGAACAGUAAGAUUAUGAAAAUGUUCCUGACAGGAAAUAACAGAAAUCAGUGUGAGACUGUUCCUCUGAAUACAUUUCUGAAGGGAGCAAUGACUAAAGCUUUAAAGAGUAAAAAUGGACACCUGGAUCUUUUCCUUCGAUUUCUUCAUGGCAUCUCACUGGAGUCCAAUCAGAAACUCUUACAGGAUGUACUGAUACACACAGAGAACAACACAGAGAUCAUCAAGAAAAUAAUCAAAAACCUCAAACAAGGUAAAAUAAACGAUGUCAGUCCUGACAGAUGGAUGAAUCUGUCACACUGCUUGAUUGAAAUGAAGGAUAAUUCUGUUGUUAAAGAAAUGCAGGCAUUUUUAAACUCCAAAACAAGCCAAAAAAAUCUUUCUCCUGCUCAAUGCUCAACUUUGGCGAACAUGAUCCUGAUGUCAGAGGAGGUGCUGGAUGAGUUAGACCUUAAACAGUACAACAUCAAAUUAAUUGAGGGUCGAUGGAGACUCUUACCGGCUGUGAGGAACUGCAGAAAAGCUCUUUUGGCAGGCUGUAAUCUCACUGGUCAGCACUGUGAAAUUGUGGCUUCUGCUCUACAAUCAUCAAUCUCACCCCUGAGAGAGCUGGACCUGAGUAACAAUAACCUGCAGGAUUCAGGAGGGAAACUGCUCGCUGCUGGACUGAAAAGUCCAAACUGUCAACUCAACAUACUGAGAUUAUCUGGCUGUUUGGUGAAAGAGGAAGGUUGUGCUGCUCUGGCAUCAGCUCUGAGUUCAAACCUUUCACACCUGAGAGAGCUGGACCUGAGUAACAAUCAUCUGCAGGAUUCAGGAGGGAAACUGCUCGCUGCUGGACUGAAGAGUCCAAACUGUCAACUCAACAUACUGAGAUUAUCUGACUGUUUGGUAAAAGAGGAAGGUUGUGCUGCUCUGGCAUCAGCUCUGAGUUCAAACCUUUCACACCUGAGAGAGCUGGACCUGAGUAACAAUCAUCUGCAGGAUUCAGGAGGGAAACUGCUCGCUGCUGGACUGAAGAAUCAAAACUGUCAACUCAACAUACUGAGAUUAUCUGGCUGUUUGGUGAAAGAGGAAGGUUGUGCUGCUCUGGAAUCAGCUCUGAGUUCAAACCUUUCACACCUGAGAGAGCUUGAUCUGAGUAACAAUCGUCUGCAGGAUUCAGGAGGGAAACUGCUCGCUGAUGGACUGAAGAGUCCAAACUGUCUACUCAACAUACUGAGAUUAUCUGGCUGUUUGGUGAAAGAGGAAGGUUGUGCUGCUCUGGCAUCAGCUCUGAGAUCAAACCUUUCACACCUGAGAGAGCUUGAUCUGAGUAACAAUCCUCUGCAGGAUUCAGGAGGGAAACUACUUGCUGCUGGACUGAAGAGUCCAAAAUGUCAACUCAACAUACUGAGAUUAUCUGGCUGUUUGGUGAAAGAGGAAGGUUGUGCUGCUCUGGCAUCAGCUCUGAGUUCAAACCUUUCACACCUGAGAGAGCUGGACCUGAGUAACAAUCAUCUGCAGGAUUCAGGAGGGAAACUGCUCGCUGCUGGACUGAAGAGUCCAAACUGUCAACUCAACAUACUGAGAUUAUCUGGCUGUUUGGUAAAAGAGGAAGGUUGUGCUGCUCUGGCAUCAGCUCUGAGUUCAAACCUUUCACACCUGAGAGAGCUUGAUCUGAGUAACAAUCGUCUGCAGGAUUCAGGAGGGAAACUGCUCGCUGAUGGACUGAAGAGUCCAAACUGUCAACUCAACAUACUGAGAUUAUCUGGCUGUUUGGUGAAAGAGGAAGUUUGUGCUGCUCUGGCAUCAGCUCUGAGUUCAAACCUUUCACACCUGAGAGAGCUGGACCUAAGUAACAAUCCUCUGCAGGAUUCAGGAGGGAAACUGCUCGCUGCUGGACUGAAGAGUCCAAACUGUCAACUCAACAUACUGAGAUUAUCUGGCUGUGUGGUGAAAGAGGAAGGUUGUGCUGAUCUGGCAUCAGCUCUGAGUUCAAACCUUUCACACCUGAGAGAGCUUGAUCUGAGUAACAAUCAUCUGCAGGAUUCAGGAGGGAAACUGCUCGCUGCUGGACUGAAGAGUCCAAACUGUCAACUCAACAUACUGAGAUUAUCUGGCUGUUUGGUGAAAGAGGAAGGUUGUGCUGAUCUGGCAUCAGCUCUGAGUUCAAACCUUUCACACCUGAGAGAGCUUGAUCUGAGUAACAAUCGUCUGCAGGAUUCAGGAGGGAAACUGCUCGCUGCUGGACUGAAGAGUCCAAACUGUCAACUCAACAUACUGAGAUUAUCUGGCUGUUUAGUGAAAGAGGAAGGUUGUGUUGCUCUGGCAUCAGCUCUGAGUUCAAACCUUUCACACCUGAGAGAGCUGGACCUGAGUAACAAUCAUCUGCAGGAUUCAGGAGGGAAACUACUUGCUGCUGGACUGAAGAGUCCAAACUGUCAACUCAACAUACUGAGACUGUCUGAUUGUAUGAUUAAAGAAGAAGGUGUUGAUGCACUGGCAUCAGCUCUGAGUUCAAACCCCUCACACCUGAGAGAGCUGGAUCUGAGCUACAGUCACCCCGGAGAAUCAGGAGUGAAGCUAUUCAACCAUCUGAAAAAACUCAAAUUGGCAUAUUGUAAUUUCACUAAUCAGCACUGUGAGAUUUUGGCUUCAGCUCUACAAUCACCAAACUCCCCCCUGAGAGAGCUGGACCUGAGUAACAAUAACUUGAGGGAUUCAGGAGUGAAGCUACUCUGUACUGGACUGAAGAGUCCAAACUGUCCACUCAACACACUGAGAUUGUCUGACUGUAAGAUUAAAGAAGGAGGUGUUGAUGCUUUGGCAUCAGCUCUGAGUUCAAACUCCUCACACCUGAGAGAGCUGGAUCUGAGCUACAAUCACCCAGGAGAAUCAGGAGUGAAGCUGCUCAACCAUCUGAAAAACCUCAAAUUGGCAUACUGUAAUCUCACUGAUCAUCAGCACUGUGAGCUUUUGGCUUCAGCUCUACAAUCACCAAACUCCCCCCUAAGAGAGCUGGACCUGAGUAAUAAUUUCAGGAGAACAAUAAAUUCAAGAGUGAAGCUGGAGACUGGACUGGAGAUUCCAAACUGUCCACUCAACAUACUGAGAUUGAUACACAGUAAUCUCACUGAUCAGCACUGUGAGCUUUUGGCUUCAGCUCUACAAUCACCAAACUCCCACCUGAGAGAGCUGGAUCUGAGUAACAAUAACUUGGAUUCAGGAGUGAAGCUGCUCUGUGCUGGACUGGAGGGUCCCAACUGUACACUCAACAUACUGAGACUAAUACACUGUCAUCUCACUGAUCAGCACUGUGGGCUUUUGGCUUCAGCUCUACAAUCACCAAACUCCCCCCUGAGAGAGCUGGACCUGAGUGCCAAUGACUUAAAGGAUUCAGGAGUGGAGCUGCUCUGUGCUGGACUGGAGAGUCCAAACUGUCAACUCAACACACUGAGAUUAUCUGGCUGUAUGGUGACAGAAGAAGGUUGUGCUGCUCUGGCAUCAGCUCUGAGUUCAAACCCAUCACACCUGAGAGAGCUGGAUCUGAGCUACAAUCUCAAAGAACCAUCAGGAGUAAAGCGGUUCAACCAUCUGAAAAACCUCAAAAUUCAGUGGAAAUCAUAGAAAGAUGGUUAAACAGCUACAGGACAGUGUUUUACUCAGAAGUGUAGUCAAGACCAGACCUCCAAGUUCAAGACCAAUUAAGACGAGACCCCCAAAGACCAAGACUAAGACCACACUGCCUGACACACACACACAUUAUUAUAGCCACUGUCAAUCUAUGAACAUGCAAAAGUGUUGCUGUUUCUUCUCUCAAGUUUUUUUUUUUUUUUUUUUUUUUUU